GAUUGUCUGACGGCGAUGUGGGUGCGCCUUUGUGGUUUUGUUUGGUUGCAGCGUCUGGUGAGGGGGUGGGUGGGUGGUUCUGGGCUUGCUUGGCAUCUGAACCACCUAACCCUUCUUCCUGGCCUGUAUUUUUGCCGCUGGCUUAGUGGUGUGUUCUCUCCUCAUCUUUGUUCUGGGUGGAAGGGCGGAUUGAGUCCAGCUCCAUUUCGCCUCGGAGUCAAGAUGGGGGACGUGGCCAAGGACCUGGCCGCCGGCACGGUGGGCGGCGCGGCGCAGCUGGUCGUCGGCCACCCGUUCGACACCAUCAAGGUGAAGCUGCAGAGCCAGCCCACGCCGCCGCCCGGCCAGCCGCCCAAGUUCGCCGGCGCCAUGGACGCCGUCAAGCAGACCAUCUCGGCCGAGGGCCCCCGGGGUCUCUACAAGGGCAUGGGCGCCCCGCUCGCCACCGUCGCCGCCUUCAACGCCGUGCUCUUCACCGUCCGGGGCCAGAUGGAGGCCCUGCUGCGCUCCGAGCCCGGCGCCGCGCUCACCGUCGGCCAGCAGGUCGUCGCCGGCGCCGGGGCCGGCGUCGCCGUCUCCUUCCUCGCCUGCCCCACCGAGCUCAUCAAGUGCAGGCUGCAGGCGCAGAGCGCGCUGGCCACCGCCGCUCCUGCCGCCGCCGCCGCCGCUGCUGCUCCUGCCGCAGGCGGCGCGGCUGCCACCGUCACCGCCACGGCCAGCGCUGCCGCGGUGAAGUACGGCGGGCCGCUGGACGUGGCGAGGCACGUGUUGCGGUCGGAGGGCGGCGUGCGGGGCCUCUUCAAGGGCCUCGUCCCCACAAUGGCGCGCGAGAUCCCCGGCAACGCGCUCAUGUUCGGCGUCUACGAGGCCACGAAGCAGUUCAUUGCCGGCGGGCAGGACACGUCGGAGCUGGGCAGGGGCUCCCUGAUCCUCGCCGGCGGGGUCGCGGGGGCGGCGUUCUGGGGGUCCGUGUACCCGACCGACGUGGUGAAGAGCAAGCUCCAGGUGGACGACUUCAAGAACCCAAAGUACUCGGGCUCCAUGGACGCGUUCAAGAAGAUCCUCGCCGCCGACGGGGCCAGGGGUCUGUACAGGGGGUUCGGGCCGGCCAUGGCGCGCAGCGUUCCGGCCAACGGCGCCUGCUUCCUCGCGUACGAGGUGACCAGGUCCCUGCUCUAGGCGACCUGCAGGCUGCUGGUCAUUCUUGACUUCGUUCUUGUUCCUCCACCCUGAUGGUUCAGUUAUCGUCGUCGGGACAGUCCUGUCUCUGUAACAGAAAACCAAGCCAUGUGUGUGAAUCGAACGAAAUUUGCAUUUGCAUUUUCUUUCUUUCUUUCUGGAGAAGGUCAAGGUCAUCUAUACCCCUGUAUAGUGUGCGCAUAACUUUAAAAGAUGGUCGGAUAAAGCCAAUCCGACGGUGCA